CCCGAGAAGAUGGCCUACUAUGGAAAGUGCAUUGAAAUAGCGAUGAAGCACCUGGACCGAUUUCAGCCUCAGAAGGACAGUCCCGAGCAGUUCCUGGAGGCCGCGGCCGCCUCCCUGCAGACGCUGAGCCCCCAGAAGCAGGCGUUCAUCAUGGAGAUCCUGUCCGGGUGCCUGGAGUACCGCAAGCUGCUGACCAUCGUGGUGGACGCCUUCUACGUGCGGGACGGCCGGCUCUGCCCUCGGGCCGACUACAGCCUCUUUGAGGUGCUCUGCUACUUGGCCACGUUCCAGCUGGAGGAGCUUGGCUUUCAGGUCUUCCGCGAUGUUGUGCAGGCCCAGCCCACCCACAAGGCGUGCAAGUUCCUCAGGUUCCUCUUCAACCCCUUGAACCUUGGCUCGUGGAUCAAGGACGAGUGGAGCCUCGUCUAUGAGACCUCCCACGUGAAGGAGAACUGGAUCGACCCCUUGAUGAGGUGGCAGCCGGAAAUCCAGGAGCUGAUCAACCAGCUGCAGAGGGAGCCGACCAGCCAGCUCUCUCCUCCAAAGAGCAAGGCCAAGGUCACAGAGCCCAAGGAGCUCAGCCUGACCACCCCCAGGCCCCGUGCCAUCCCUGUGCCUGAGCCGGUCCCCCAGGUGGCCGAGACCAGACCAGUCCCCAGGAGCACCUACGAGCCGCCCAAGGAGCAGCGGCUCCUGGAGAUGACCAAGAGAUACAACCGCUGGAAGGCUGAGGAGCUGCUGCUGCAGGCCAACAUCAAGGAGCUGCGGUGCGCGGUACCCAGGAGCCGCGGGGAGCCCCAGCUGCAGGACUCCAAGAAGAAGCCACGGCUUCGGCUCCCGCCUCGUAUCCUCAAGGCCCAGAAACUGACCUUCUACACGCCUAAUGACAACGCCCCGGUCAAGCUCAAUACGGCUGCCAUCCUGCGCGAAGGGGCCCUGUACCAGCGGCAGGGGGAGAAGGAGCUGCAGAGGGUGGACCGGCUCGUGGACGGGGCUGGGGACUUCUCUGAGUUCCUCGAGUGGCAGAGGCGGAUGCAGGCGAAGGAUUGGGAGGAGCAGCUGGCCGCGGGCGAGGUUCGCCGGCUGCGGGGGAAGCUGAGCCACGAGGAGGCGGCGCUGGCGCGGCAGCAGGUGGCGCGGGAGAAGAGGCGGACGGCGGAGCUGAAGAAGGAGGAGACAGCCGAGCUGAUGCAGCGGUGCACGGAGAGGCGCCUCCGGGAGGAAAAGUCCAUGAAGAAGCUGGUGGAGCAGGUGAUGGAGACACAGAAGAACGUCAGGGCGGCACAGACCGAGCUCCGGAAGGGCCGCCGGCGGAUAGCUCAGGAGGUGACAGAGGAGAACCGGGAGCUGCUGCAGCGCAGCGCAGAGGCGGCCAAGGAGGAACAGGGGCAGCGCCGUGCCCUUGUCUCCCAGCUGCGAGCCCUGGAGUUUCAGCCCACGCGCAGGGGCAAGCUGGUGGACCUGACCCAGACCCCCGGCCAUGGCUUGGAGGGGGAGAUGUCGGUGGUGGAGUUGCGUGAGCGGCUGGCCCUGCUUAAGGAGACCCGGCGUCGCCAGGAGGAGGAGCGGCGAGACCAGAUCAUCCAGGGCAAGCGCGCCAAGAGCCAGGAAUUGCGGGACACGGUGGAGCAGGUGGCGCUCUGCCGCGCCGCCAUGGGGAGGUCUGCAGCCCUGAGGUGGGAGGAGAAGAAGGCGCGGUGGGCGGCUGCCGGAGCGCCCUCCCAAGACGAGCGUGUGCUGGAGCUGCAGCGCCGGAUCCAGGAGAAGGCGGCCGAGCGGCGCGCGCGGGCGGCCCCGGGGCACGUGCCGGCGCCGCGGGCCGUGCGCCCCAAGCAGCGGGCGCAGCUGGAGGCGCAGCGCAGGCUGGAGCUGGAGCGGAGCCGCGAGCGCUGGCUGCGGGCGCAGCAGCCAGGAUGCGGGCCCGCGCGCCGCCUGGGGGCCGCCUGAGCCGCGCGGCCUCCCCUCGUCCCCACCCAGGACCCCGAGACCCUAGCCCGAAUGAAGACCGCGGGGCCGUGGCCCUGCCCCGCUCCGCCCUCGCAGAGCAGGGUUGCCAAAUAAGAGGCGGGACGCCCAGUUAUUGCGUGGGACAAACAUGCUAAGAAAGUAUCCGCUGGAAUUCAGCUUUAUUGGGGUGUCUUGUAUCGAAUGUGCUAAACAUGGCCACCCUGGUCCAGAUCCUUGCCCUUCCCUGCGGCCUAGCGGUAGGCAUUUCCCCCGCCCGCGCCCGAGUUCCCGGAGCCCGCAGUGCCCGUGGAACCCCGGAAUCUCCGUUCUCUGCCCUAAUCCCCCAAGACUGAAUAUGUGGUUGUGCGGAUGCAAUUAGAAGUGGCCAGGAUACUGAGUCACUACCAACUGGCCCUUCUCGCACCUGAUCUCCUAAACCUCAGAGGAUGGGGGGAAUUGGCCAGGGAAUUGGGAACUGUCCCCCAUGCCCUUUCUGCUGGUGAGAACACCGGUGCUCAGAAAGGUGAAGUGAACUGCCCCGAGCCCUGGGACCCAAAGCUAGGCCUGGAGGCCUUUAGAGUAUGGCCCAGCCUUCCCCAGGCUCACCGAAGGAAUGAGGUUGGAUCUGCUGGGCAGGCGCCCUGGCCCAGGGCCUGGACAGGAACGGAUUGACUCCCCUGGUCCUCAGACCCAGGCCUGGGCAGCAGGUGUGUGGCUGAGGACCAGCUGGCUGAGUGAAGACCGUGCAGUGUGCUGCGGCUCCUGGGAGAGGAUGGGCAAGCCGGUGGGGUACAAGCCGGUGGGGUACAAGCCGGUGGGGCAGGGGCUGCACCCUGCCAGGGGAUGGAUGUCUAGGAGAGGGACCCCAUACCCACAUCCUCUGUGGGCCUGCGGAGAAGAGGGCACCCCAGAGCGGGGAGGCAGAACCCCAGGGCACAUCCAGACCAGGAGGGUGGCCAUCGGAAAGUGACAGAAACAGUCUAAAGACCAGAGUUCUCCCCCAAUAUUCUCAACUGUGUCAGAACCCCAGGACUUCCCUGCAACCGAGGCUGGUAAAAAGAGGAAUUUCCCACCUCCCUGUCAAAUUAGAGCUGGGAGCAGAUUAAAUUUCAUUAAAAAAAAA